CUACGAUCCUCGCAACGAGUUUAUGUAGUACAGCACACGGGGAUGGAGUAAAGGCAGGAAGGUAUGGAUCCAGUUGAAGAAAAACCAAGCAAAACGGUCGACAUUUACCGCGACACAUGGGUCCGCUUCCUGGGAUACGCCAAUGAGGUUGGGGAGGCUUUUCGUGCCCUGGUGCCAGUGAGUUUGGUAUGGGGCAGCUAUGCUGUGGCCACUGCGUACGUUACUGCUGAUGCUGUGGACAAAGGGAAGAAAGCAGCUGUGGCUCACGGGGACAACCCAGGGAAGACGACGCGGGUGGCGGUGGCAGUGGUGGACACGUUUGUGUGGCAGGCCCUCGCCUCCGUCAUCAUCCCGGGCUUCACCAUCAACCGUGUGUGUGCCGCAUCACUAUAUCUGCUGGGCAGAACCACCAAGUGGCCCCUGCCUGUCCGCAAGUGGACCACGACGGCUAUAGGCCUCUCUACAAUCCCCUUCAUCAUUACACCUAUAGACAGGUCAGUGGAUUUCCUGCUGGAUUCAAGCCUUCGCAAGGUCUACAGCGAGGGGGAGAAGCACAAAUAAGGAGGGAUCAUGCAGGACAAAGUGUCGCCUCCUGGGUAGAGACCAGUCCAGUCUAAGUAGAUCUGUGCUGAUUAUCCACCACUGUGAAGCACUAAAGAAGAGGGAUGAAGGAUUUCAUGGAUCAAGACUCUUCAGUUAGUCAAUAAUUAAUAGAUUUAAGAAUUAUGAAAUUUAGGUCAAAUUAUAAAAAGGGAAAGUAUCCCCCGGGAUCCUUAACUUUAACCUCUCAGGGCCAUCUGGGUAGUAACACCAAAAAAUCUGUCAAUAUUAUAUUCCCCGUCAAAGUGAAAUCCUGCUUCUUAAAGUGUUUUCCCGCAGAGAUACAGUUUGCUCUUUGCCUGAUGUCAGACAGAAUUGUCACCUCGUUACACUCAAAUCGGUCGUUUUGGUGGAGUGGGUGGAUUCAAAGAUCUGGACCCAGGCAAGUGUGCUGCUGUAUUCCUGUGAUCUGCGCAAAAGCCUCCAAGGCUGCCCUCACGGUUUAGAGUCGUGGGCUGUGGCUCACCUCAUGUCCAGAUGUCAAAGAGAUUUAAUAUAAAUCCACACUUGCUGUAGUAAUUAGCCAUAGUCAGUGGUACUGUAAUGAAAGGCCAAAAGCCAGUUUGCCAUCAUGACCCUCUUAUUCAUUACUUACUAAAAAUUCAUUUUCUUUCUUGUUUCUUCCUGAAAACAAUGAUGUCUGUUACAUGGAAUGGAUAUUUUAAGUUAUCUUGUUUGAUUCUAAUUUUGCUGUUGGUCAUGAGAGCCAAGGUUUGCACUGGGGGGCAUUUUUACACCAUAGUUACAAUCUGUGUUUUUCUUUAUGGUAUGGCAUAUGAUCCUCCUAAAGUACAUGUGCUUGUAGUAGCAGCAAGUUUUACAUGUGCAGCGAACGUCACAAGCAUUUGAAUUAUUUCUCACCAAUACUGUAACUGUCAGUUUGUAGUCAAGCAAUCUUAAUGUACAAUACCUGAACUUCUUCAGUCUGAAAAUGUUAGACAUACCAGAGGCAAACAUCUUUGACUAAUUUAAAACUGUCUUUCCAGCAUCUGGAGUCAAGCUGUUUUCACUCAACCUGGCUCCAGAUUGAUCUGAGAUGGUAUGUUAUGAUCUGACUUUAAAAUAUCACACUCCUUCAAGCAAGCUUUAAGAAGAGCAGAUCUAAUCCAGCUAUUAGUUAUAUUAAAUUAAAUGUGGAACCUCUCAAAUACUUGUGGAGGUCAGUGACGUACCCAUGCAGGGGUUUAAGGGAUUGUUUCAGAGAUCUACAGACACUGCAUGUCUGUAUAUUAUUUCCAGAGCUUUUCUUUCAGGAGCCAAGUGAUAUACUGUAUCUAAUGCUGAACUAUGCAAGGGGAACAGGUCGUUGUGUUUAUACAUGAGAUUUGCGAACUACAGGGAUCAUUACAUCGAGUAAAAAUGUUGCGAAGUAAUAAGGGAAAUGUGAUGCAAAAUGUAGCUUGAAAUUUGGAUGAGCUGAAGACAAAGAGGAACAGACUGUGCUGGGAACGGUUAUCAAUGCCAGUUUUUGUGUCAGCGUACACCAGUGUACCAUUUUAGCAAUAACCCUUGUUUAACAUGUUUCUGUCGUACCAUAUUCUCUUUCCUAUGAAGGACGCGGCUCGCUUCGUCAUGCUGAAAGAAAAGAUUGUGAAAACUCGGGGUGCACCAACUGUCAUGUUUCUACUUGCUGGUACUGAGCAGCGAUGCAACCUUUUCUGUACUAUUUAAUAACCAGACAAAGCCACUUAAACAAUACCUCUUUUUUUGUUGGCUUUUUAAACGCACAUGCUCGAGGCACCAGUGUGUGCAGUAUUAGAUGUUUUCAUCCACUGAAGCACAGUUUACGUUUAGCUGGUGUGAGUGUAAGGUGUCAGACCUUUUUCACGCAGAAUCUGACUUGUCAGAGCAAGAAAAGCACCGGUUUGAGUAACAGAGGUGUCAGAUGUCGACACAUCCUUUCUUUAAGAGUUCUAAGCCAUGCCAAUGAUUAAUGGUGCAUAGUAGCAUGGCCCUCAAACUGGGGCACUUCAAUGUGACGCACACAUGAGUAAUGUUAUUAAUCAUAGAUGUGCUUUUCCUGCUGUGACGUCGAUUUGUCGGCACAAACAUAUUGGUGCAUCCAUAGUGAAAAUCUUUUUAUUCGUAUUAAAUUUUAACAUUUCAGAUUGUACACAUAGCUUCAUUGUAUUGUAUGUGUGUAUUGUUGCAUGCUGCGAAUGAGAAGGAACGGUUUACUUACUUAACAUUUUUGACAGUUUUCUCUUGUGGCAGUGUGUUCGGAUGUGGGUUUUAUGAGUCAUGUUUUCAGCCUUAACUGGAAAAAAAAAAAGGCAAACCUCAACCUUUGUUCUGUGUGCUGUCAUUCACAAGGUGGAGAUUAUUUUUUCAAAUGUGAAAGCA